AGAAUUUCCUAUUGCCAUUUACUUCGAUCCGAACAGUCUCCGGUUGACUACGUAACGCCUCCCCUUUCCCCGGCGGUAGUCUCCACCGGUCAAAGCAAGUACGAUAUUCAUCGUCAUAAGAAUUGAAAAAGAUACUUGGGGUUGGUAUCUAAUGAUGGUCCACAGAUGACCGCAAAUUAAACCCAAAUCCAAAGCUACUGCUUGCCGAGAAAUACGAUUUGGAGAUCAAAAGGUAACCAGUAAAGUAAAGGGGAUGGCCGCAGGAGCACCUUCAAGCAUGAUACUUAGCCCCCAGCCAUCUUGGUUUACUCCCAAAAGGUUGCUCGUUAUUUUCUGUUCAAUUAACUUGAUAAAUUACAUAGACCGUGGAGCUAUUGCCAGUAAUGGUGUAAAUGGAAGCCGUGGAACUUGCGAAAGUGGUACAUGCUCAUCUGGUAGUGGAAUUCAGGGAGAUUUUGAUCUAAAUAACUUUGAGGAUGGAGUUAUUUCAUCAGCUUUUAUGGUUGGACUCCUUGUGGCAUCUCCGAUUUUUGCAUCUUUGGCCAAGAGUGUCAAUCCUUUUAGGCUUAUUGGAGUUGGUUUGACUGUAUGGACCAUUGCAGUUGCUUUUUGUGGGGUUUCAUUUAAUUUUUGGUCCAUUGCCAUCAGUCGCAUGCUAGUUGGUGUGGGAGAGGCUUCAUUUGUAAGUCUUGCUGCUCCAUUCAUUGAUGACAAUGCUCCAGUUUCACAGAGGACAGCAUGGCUGGGUGCUUUUUACAUGUGUAUACCAACUGGAAUUGCGGUGGGAUAUAUUUUUGGUGGAUUGAUUGGAAACUUUGGCUGGCGCUGGGCAUUUUGGGUGGAGGCAAUUUUUAUGCUGCCUUUUGCAAUAUUAGGCUUUGUAAUGAGACCUUUGCAGUUGAAAGGUUUCAAUCCUGCUGGGUCUCAGAAAUGUUUGACACCAGUUGAUGAUGCAUUAGAAGAUCAAGGCAACCAAUUAUUGAGGGAAACAGCUUCAUCCAAAAGCUCAGAACUUUCAUGGUGGACAUCUUUCACAGUAUUCGGGGAAGAUAUGAAAGUUCUUUUACUUGACAAGACUUACGUUGUGAACGUAUUAGGGUAUAUUGCCUAUAAUUUCGUCAUAGGUGCCUAUUCCUACUGGGGACCUAAAGCUGGCUAUAAUAUAUAUCACAUGAGCAAUGCGGAUUAUAUGUUUGGAGGUGUUACUGUUGUCUGUGGAUUAUUUGGUUCCAUAGCAGGUGGUGUGGUUCUAGAUCGUAUGACUUCCACAAUACCAAAUGCUUUCUGGCUCCUUUCAUCAGCGACUUUUGUUGGAGCAAUUUUUUGUUUUGUCGCCUUCUGCUUUAAGAAUCUAUAUGCUUUUCUGGUCCUUUUUGCAAUUGGAGAGCUGCUGGUCUUUUCUACUCAGGCCCCUGUAAAUUUUGUCAAUCUACAUUGUGUUAAGCCAAGUCUUCGGCCUUUAUCAAUGGCAAUAUCUACUGUGGCUAUUCAUGUAUUUGGUGAUGUGCCUUCUUCUCCCCUUGUCGGCCUUUUCCAGGAUCAAGUCAACAAUUGGAGGGUGACUGCCCUUGUUUUAACAUCUGUUCUAUUUCCGGCUGCUGUAAUAUGGUUCAUAGGAUCCUUCCUUCACAGCGUGGAUCGGUAUAAUGAAGAUAGUGAGUCUCCUCAGGAAAAUAAGUCAAGUUCAGACCCAUUGCUUGAAGGAGAAACAAGAAUCAUAUGAAAUCUUCUUGUUUUUUGCUUUUGCUCGAGGUGUAGGUAUAUCUUAUAUACGUAAUUAGUAUUUCCAUUGUUGUUACUCGUAUUGUGGUUCUUCACUUCCACUUGACUUCAAAUUCUUGGAGUAAAUUCAAUAUAACAGAAACAUCUCUUGAUAUUUUUCACAGAAACUAUUAGUCAAAUGGUUGU